AUGCAGACACAGUUGCAUGCCCAGUUUCAGGGCAUAACAAGCACAUUUACGACGAGAAGACCGUCAUGUUGCCACACAUCAAGACGUCUGAACGCCCACAACAUCGUGCGUUGUUCGGCAGAGGAUCCUUUGCUACUAAGGGUGGCUAGGGGAGAAGAUGCAGAAAGGACACCUGUCUGGCUGAUGAGGCAAGCAGGCAGAUACAUGGCGGAAUUUAGGAAGUACUCAGACCGCUUGCCCUUCAGGGAAAGGUCUGAGAACGCAGAGAUAGCCACAGAGCUAUCGCUGCAGCCCUGGAGGGCUUUCCAGCCAGACGGGGUCAUCAUGUUCAGCGACAUCCUGACCCCACUCCCUGUGCUGGGCAUAGAAUUCGACAUUGUGAGGGGCAAGGGACCAGCCAUCUCCAUUCCCAUCAGAACCAUGGAGCAAGUGAGGGCGCUGCGGCCGAUGGAGGACCCAGACAGCAGCCUGCCCUUCAUCAGGCAGAUCCUCACAAACCUGCGCUCGGAGGUGGGCAAUGCCUCCACAGUGCUCGGCUUUGUCGGCGCCCCUUGGACCCUGGCAGCCUACUCCAUGGAGGGCACCUUCCAAAAGCAGUGCAUGGCCACGAAGAAGAUCAUGACAGCGCAGCCUGCUGUGCUGCACGCGCUUCUGGACCACCUGACUGAGGCCCUCAUAGUCUAUGUCUGCCAUCAGAUUGACAGCGGGGCACAGGUGGUGCAACUAUUUGACUCCUGGGCAGGCCUGCUGUCGCCAGCGCAGUUUGCAGAGUUCAGCCUGCCCUAUGCGCAGCGCGUGAUCGAUGGUGUGCGCGCCCAGCGGCCGGACACACCCCUCAUCUUCCACGCCAAUGGAGGCACGGGGAAGCUGGACAAGGUGGCGCAGUGCAGCGCGGAUGUGAUUGGCCUGGACUGGCACACAGACAUGGCCGACGCGCGCCGGCAGCUGGGCGCAGGGCGUGUGCUGCAGGGCAACAUGGACCCCAUGCUGCUGUUUGCUCCACAGGACGUUCUGCGGAGAGAGGUGACCAAGGUGCUGCACGCCGCGGGCCCCAGGAAGCACAUCCUGAACGUAGGGCAUGGAGUGGCUCAGGGAACUCCCGAGGAGAACGUGGGUCUCUUCUGCGAGCUGGCACGGCAGUCUGCCAGCAUUCAUGCCCAAGCAGAGAUCUCCCUCACAGACGAGGACAUGCAGGCUUUGAAUAGGCUGGGGCAAAGUGAAGUUGGCCUUGUGGGGUGCUGA